AUGACUGAAGAAAACUACUCUUUGACAACUGAGUUUAUCCUCAUGGGAUUUACAGAUCACCCAGAGCUGAAGACCCUUCUGUUUGUGGUGUUUCUUGCCAUCUAUCUGAUCACCAUGGUGGGGAAUCUCGCUUUGGUGGUGUUGAUUUACAUGGAAUGCCGUCUUCACUCACCCAUGUACAUCUUUCUGGGCAACCUGGCUCUGAUGGAUUCCUGCUGUUCCUGUGCCAUCACCCCCAAGAUGUUAGAGAAUUUCUUUUCUGUAGAUAAAAUUAUUUCUCUUUAUGAAUGUAUGGCACAAUUUUAUUUUGCCUGUCUUGCUGAAACUGCAGACUGCUUUCUUCUGGCGGCAAUGGCUUAUGAUCGCUUUGUGGCCAUAUGCAGCCCCCUGCAGUACCACACCAUGAUGUCCAAGAAACUCUGCGUGCACAUGACCACAGGGGCCUACAUAGCUGGAAUCCUCCAUCCCAUGAUUUAUGUAGGGCUUCUGUUUAGGUUAACUUUCUGCAGGUCGAAUCAAAUCAAUCACUUUUUUUGCGAUGUUCUUCCAUUAUUCAGACUCUCCUGUGUUGACCCUUACAUCAAUGAACUGAUGUUGCUUAUAUUUGCAGGGUUGAUCCAAAUUUUCACCUUGACCAUAGUCCUAAUCUCUUAUCUCUGCAUCCUUUUCACAAUAUUCACAAUGAAAUCCAAAGAGGGAAGAGGCAAAGCCUUAUCAACUUGUGCAUCUCACUUUAUCUCUGUCUCAAUGUUCUAUGGUUCUCUUCUCUUCAUGUAUGUUCGACCAAAUUCUGUUAACGAAGCAUAUAAAGAUAUACCUGUUGCUGUUUUUUAUGCUCUAGUAAUUCCUUUAUUAAACCCCUUUAUUUACAGUCUAAGAAAUAAGGAAGUGACGAAUGCUAUGAAAAGAAUUAUGGAGAAGAGGAAGUGUUGCAACAUUCUGAAACAAGUACCUUUCCUUGUGGAUAAUUGA